GUAGGUCGCAGUCCGUUUUCAUUGGAAAUGCUACAGUAUGUUAGCAUAGCUAGUUAAGUUCCCGUGGUUUAUGACAAGUUUGUCAAAGUAUGCGCUUGCUGGCUAGCUGAGUUACCUAAAAUGUGAAUGCUCACCGCUCGCUGGUGACUGUCAAGCUUCAUGUAGCAAUUUAUUUAAGAUCACACAAACAACCACCGUGACGGACAUUGGCGUCACGUGUCUCUCUGCCACUCGCUCUGCAUCUUGACUUGAAGAGUACUGAACGAUGCAAUGCUCUCCAAAAGGAUCAGGAUGGACAAUUCGGGGUACUGCAACGAGAGCUUCCACAGCCUGCAGAGUGGCACCAGUGACGAAGACAUGGUGGAGAUAGCAGGCGCCACUCUAGAUUUCUCCAGCACUGAUGACGUGCCACCCCUGGACCGUGACUAUUGCUCAGGCUAUGGUUCCCAUGGCAGCGGGGGGGACAUGUUGAACGGGGGGCCCAGGCUAAUGGACCUGCUGGACGAGCCGGUCCCUGGAGUGGGCACGUACGAGGACUUCAACACCAUCGACUGGGUCCGGGAGAAGUCCAAGGACCGCGAUCGGCACAGAGAGAUUGCCAGUAAAAGCAAAGAGUCGACGUGGGCUCUGCUCCACAGUGUCAGCGAUGCCUUCUCCGGCUGGCUACUCAUGCUCCUCAUUGGCCUUAUGGCUGGGGCCCUGGCGGGAGGAAUCGACAUCUCGGCCCAUUGGAUGACAGACUUGAAGGAGGGCGUGUGUCUCAACGGCUUCUGGUUCAACCACGAGCACUGCUGCUGGACGUCCAACGAGGCCACGUUCCAGGAGCGCGACAAAUGCCCUCAGUGGAAGACCUGGGCAGAGCUCAUCAUCGGGACCACUGAGGGGGCGUUUGCGUACAUCAUUAAUUACUUGAUGUAUGUUAGCUGGGCGCUGCUCUUCUCCUUCCUGGCAGUGUCCCUGGUCAGGGCCUUCGCUCCGUAUGCCUGUGGCUCUGGUAUCCCUGAGAUUAAAACCAUCCUGAGCGGGUUCAUCAUCCGCGGUUACCUGGGCAAGUGGACCCUGGUGAUAAAGACCAUCACGCUGGUGCUGGCCGUGUCGUCGGGCCUGAGCCUGGGCAAGGAGGGCCCCCUGGUGCACGUGGCCUGCUGCUGCGGCAACAUCCUGUGCCACCUCUUCACCAAGUACCGCAAGAAUGAGGCCAAGCGCCGUGAGGUGCUAUCUGCCGCAGCUGCAGUAGGGGUGUCUGUGGCUUUUGGGGCUCCCAUAGGAGGGGUGCUCUUCAGCUUGGAGGAGGUGAGUUAUUACUUCCCGCUGAAGACGCUGUGGCGGUCCUUUUUCGCCGCCCUGGUGGCGGCAUUCACGUUGCGCUCCAUCAACCCAUUCGGCAACAGCCGGCUGGUGCUUUUCUACGUGGAGUUCCACAGCCCCUGGCACCUGCUGGAGCUGGUGCCCUUCAUCCUGCUGGGCAUCUUCGGGGGCAUCUGGGGCGCCCUGUUCAUCCGCGCCAACAUCGCCUGGUGCCGCUGCCGCAAGACCACGCGCCUGGGCCGCUACCCCGUCCUGGAGGUGCUGCUGGUGACCGCCGUGACGACCGUGCUGGCCUUCCCCAAUGACUACACGCGCACCAGCACGAGCGAGCUCAUCUCCGAGCUCUUCAACGACUGCGGGCUGCUGGACUCGUCCAAGCUGUGCGACUACGUCAACGUCAACACCAGCAAGAGCAGCAACGAGCUACCCGACCGCCCCGCCGGGCACAACGUCUACACCGCCAUGUGGCAGCUCUCCCUCGCCCUGGUCUUCAAAAUGCUCAUCACUGUGGUCACCUUCGGCAUGAAGGUCCCGUCGGGCCUGUUCAUCCCCAGCAUGGCGGUGGGGGCGAUUGCGGGCAGGCUGCUGGGGGUGGGCAUGGAGCAGCUGGCGUACCACCACCACGACUGGCCCGUGUUCAAGGGCUGGUGUUCCCCGGGCGCGGACUGCAUCACCCCCGGGCUCUACGCCAUGGUGGGCGCUGCCGCCUGCUUGGGCGGGGUGACGCGGAUGACCGUGUCUCUGGUGGUCAUCAUGUUCGAGCUGACGGGGGGUCUGGAGUACAUCGUGCCUCUGAUGGCGGCGGCCAUGACCAGUAAGUGGGUGGCGGACGCUCUGGGGCGAGAGGGGAUCUACGAGGCACACAUCCGCCUCAACGGCUACCCCUUCCUGGAGGCCAAGGAGGAGUUCAGCCACAAGACGCUGGCCAUGGACGUGAUGCGGCCGCGGCGGAGCGACCCGCCGCUCUCCGUGCUGACGCAGGACAGCCUGACGGUGGAGGACGCCGAGGCGCUCAUCACCGAGACCACCUACAGCGGCUUCCCCGUGGUGGUCUCCCAGGAGUCCCAGCGCCUGGUGGGCUUCGUGCUGCGCAGAGACCUCAUCAUCUCUAUAGAAAACGCACGCAUGCGUCAGGACGGCAUAGUCAGCACGUCCCGCAUCUUCUUCACCGAAUACAUGCCCCCCCAGCCACCCGACAGCCCCGCCCCCCUCAAACUGCGAGGCAUCAUGGACCUCAGCCCCUUCACCGUCACCGACCACACCGCCAUGGAGAUCGUGGUGGACAUCUUCCGCAAGCUGGGCCUCCGCCAGUGCCUGGUCACUCACAACGGGCGUUUGUUAGGGAUCAUCACCAAGAAGGACAUACUGAAACACAUGGCUCAGAUGGCCAAUCGGGACCCAGAUUCCAUCCUCUUUAACUGACCCCCCCUCCCCCUCCGUUUGGGACAUCAGCUGUCCCCACCCCCCGGAUGUUUAGAUAUUUAUUUCACCUUCAGAUCGGCCCAUGGAAUUGCACUAUUUUCAUAACUGGAAGGGGCAGAGAUUUAGGGAGGAGUAGCGUUACUGAGGAGGAGGAGAAGGUGGAGGAGGGGUAUACCCUCCUUAGACCCCCCUGUCUGUGGAGCCCCGGGGCCAGCUUGUGAUGGACCUCCCCGGCUUGUUGGGGGGACCGGUGCAUGGGGUUUUUGGAACUAGGGUAGAGGAGAACUUUUUUUGUUGCGAAGAUACAUAUCACCACCACGAGAGCUGUGAUUUGAUACAAAUGUGUGCGUCGACAAAUCCGUUAACUGCUUGACAUGCGCCAACUCUUCAGGGAAUCAUGACUCUGGCUUUCUGCUGCAUGCUGGGAACCAGCCCGGCCUCCCACCGAUUCUCAAUGCUGCAUUCUGGAGGCAAAAAAACGACCGUCCUGUUUAAUGUUUCCGCCAUUUCUCCUUAGUAAGCAAAUGUCCUCCCUUUAUUAACAUCAGAUGCUGGCAGUUUUACACAGUAAUGAAGACCCCAUAAAGCUGUGCUGAUGGACAGUACAAAGACACCACCAGGAUGCCUCAGAUCUGAUUGGCUCUUUGGAUGAUUCAACUCAACCGGUGAACAAAUAAGCAUGAUUUAAGUAUGUGGGGGAAAAAAAAUGAAUGUGAAUCUUAUGGUACAAGUCUCACAGAACUCUCCAUUUUGGAGAAACGCAGCUUAAAUUACACCUCAUGAGCUUUGGCAUCACAUGACCUCUGAGCACAUGGCGUGUUUCUUGCAUAAUGUUUCUGAAAUGCUCAUGUCCCACAAGUGACACUGUAAUGAGAUUAACAUCUGGUUAAUGUUGGUGUGUGAUGCAAGGUUCACUUUACCCCAUGAAGCUAUAAUUAAUAAAAACCACAUUUUUGGUUUGCUUUUUUUCUUCCCAUGUUAAAGAAACAUUUUAAUUAGGGAUGCAUCUCCCCAGCUAUUGACACCCCAUAUUUCACUGGCUGCUGUCUCCGUGGAGACGAGCUCUAACUGCCUGCCUUGCCUCCCACAGCUUGUGUUAGCCUCGGGCCACUUCCAUUUUACAGGAACCUCAGAAUUCCGCUGUAGUCGGCUGGAAAUUCCAUUAAGCUUGGUGAGAGUUUGUUGCAAAAUUUUACUGUGUAGUUUAAGCAAGACUUUUUAACAGUACUCUUCCUAGCUGAAUUGUGGAUUAUUGUUGUGGGAUAUUUAUCUAAAUCAGCUAAAUCUGUGGGAUAUAUAGCUAAAUUGGCAAAGACAAACAAACAAAAAGUUAACUGCAUAGUGUUUUUGUUUUUUUAAGCUUAUUUGCAAAUGAACAUAUUUCACACACUAAAGUGGAAAUGCAGUUAAUUUUACAGUGCACUAACAAAUAUGCAUGACUCCACCUAAAGUAGCGCUGAUUAUUUCUAAUCCUAAGCCUGCAGGGAGGUCUACUUUACUUUAGCAGGUAAUAUACCUGAGUGAAAGAUCCAGUCGGACUCUUGUAAAUGUGUACGACUGCUCUGUAUCUCUGGCAUGAUGAAGGACACAAGGUCUGGUUCUAACUGUGACAGCACUUCCCACUGCAGUUUUGCACUUAAGAUCCAUUCAAUAGCAGCCUCUACCUGCGAAUGCCAGCCAGCCUUGUGCUCCUGCCAGUAUGUUGCUGUUCACCAGUCUGGCCACUAGGCACUGCUGUUGUUCAUCUGUUACUCUCUUCAAAGAUUGUGAGUGUUCAAGCAGUGAGUCACUCACUGCUGCUUGAAUUGUAGUUUUGGCUCUGUGGUUGUAGCGCGUGUCUGAGACUGUGUAGAGAGCGUAUGACUUUAAGGAAAAAAUGUAUGCAAAAUCUUACUGUGAAUAAUCUCCUCUUUGGGAGCAAGCAAUUUUUCCACAUAAUAUUGCGGUCUUAUAUUUGCAAUUUGAUAUUGUGGUUUGUUGGAAAAAAGCGGUUGAAUCACGCAGUUUUCCCUCCAUAAAUUCACUGUCUUUGCUCCCGAGUGCCACUGCUACUGCCUGUGUCAGACAUCUUGUUCAUGUUCUAAGGGGAAUGUGGACGGGAGGUAAACGUUACCGCCAUGAAGCGCCACUUUCACGUCUUUUGUCAUUUGCUAAGCCACAACGCUAUGUACUGCGCUGAGUUGUCCGACAUGAUUCCCUUAAUCAUUGUGUGAUCCACUGCCCAGCCCUUUCCUUUAAAAUCACGUAUCCACGCAGUCCUCUUUGUAUUCGUCUUUGGUUCAGGGCCAAGGCAACCCAGAUAUGAAGUGAAACAAACUUGCACAACCUUUCGGAAGGGACGUGCAAUAGAAAUCAAGGAGAGGCUCCAUGACUGUCAUGCCUGGUUAAAUUCAAUUUCUUCCUCAGCGCUGUAAGCCUUUUUCGCCACUCUGUGUUUGAAAAAGCAUUUAAGGGGGUUUGAGUGAGGCUGCGUUUGGCCUGGUCUCAAAUCCCUGGAGCCUGGGUGGCUAGGCUAAAGUGCCUAUUGUUUGGGUUGAUGGCGGCUGCAGAGGCUCGCUUGCCGCCAGGAUGUUUCCAGCCCGUUUCCCCGACCGGCCUGGCUCGUUACAAGACCGGCUUGCUCUCUUGGAAAGUCAACUUCCUGUCUUUUUUCAAACGACAACAAGAAUAAAUAAAUAAAUGAGAUUGUAGUGAUGUAGACAGAAAUGGAGGGGAUACAGAUAUAAGUGGUGGAAGUGGUGGAAGUGGUAGGAGGAGAGGGCGGAUUAAGUCCUGGUCACACCAUGAGUAAAGGUCCCCGGGAGAGGAGAGAGGUUAACCAAACAGGCAAGACGGGGCUGUACUCUGGUCGCCGCCCAGUCCGGCUCCCCACUAGCAGCCGGUGUGCUGCCAGAGAUUCUGCAGGCUAACCAGAUACUCCACUCCUCUUCUCUUUGGCUCUAUGCGCUUUUUAACUUCAAGAGCUUUCGGUGUCGGCAUGGCAUUGAGUAUUCAUGGGUGUUGCAUCGUUCAGGAAUAUUCAGCAGAUGGAAUGCAUGUGCAUUAAGGAGGCUGGGUGAUCGGUGUGAAGUUUGUGGAGCUUAUCUCUAUCUUUUUAGUCGGUGAAUUCUGUAGCAUGGCUCUGUACUGCAGUAGUUCUGUCACUGCCUCUGGUCCCUGUUGCCAUAAUGGAGUCACAGCGAGAGGAUUCGAACUGUGAACACCCCCAGUCUCUGCAGAACGGAACUCUGGGUACUGCAGUUCGGAGAGAUGUUAAAACGUAUAGCGAUUGUGAUACAUUAAGCGCUCCAUACAUGGUAUGUUUUUGUCUGUUAAUUUUUUUUAUUUUUGUCUGGCGAUAUUUCCAUAACAACAUUGGCUUACAAUGGAAUGUGUAUUUAUUUUGUACUUGUACAUAAGAGAAAAUGAGAUCUGUCGUUGUGUUUGUAUCAUUUUCAGAUUGCAUAUGGAUGCAACCACGAAGCAUGAAUGAGACUGAUCAAAAUAAUUUAUUCCCAGAAUCAACUCACAUUUACUAUAAAUUAAAAAAGUGAAGCUUACAA